AUGGGCCCGACAAGGCGAUCCGAGCGUGAACGAGCCAUGCAGCGGCCGGUCGCCGCAUCCACGGCGCUUGUGGGCAGAGGGCAGAGCGUGGGUAAUGGCAAUGGUAAUAAUGGGCGUGCGACGUCGGUCGAGCUGCACCGAAAGAAGCAUGGAAAUCUCCCGCUCGCCCAAUGGGUGCGCCUCGCUGCUCCAUGGCCAAUGGGCGGCCCGCAGGUGAGCAGGAUGACAUGGAGGGCCAGCGUCGCCAUGGCAGAUUCCCUGGCAGAGGGCGUGCCAGACGUGUGCCGUUCCCUGGCCGAUGACGAAAGAAUACGUAGUCGGCGGCCGAAUGGGCCUGCCUUGAGUAAGGAUAGCAAAAAUACUGCUACUCCAACUGGGAAACGCUACUCUACUAGCACCACUGCUGCUGCUGCUACUACUGCUACUACUCCUCCUACAGAACUGCACUGCACAUGCACCGCCUCUGACAGGCUGCCGUGGGCCAGUUCACGCGUCUCUGGCGACGGCGGUUGCUGGCCUGUUCGGUUUCCGCACGCACAUGCAAGACCAUGCAGCGGGCAGCUAGCCGCAGUCGCCCAUGUUUGGUACCGAGUGGGCUGCACUGGUUUCCCUUGGAGACGGUCUCCAUGUACACGCUCCACCCUCCACGCUGAACCACUCCGAGGCCACCCUCGUCUCGGCAGCGCGACUCUGAGCGGGGGGGCGCAACGCAAACUCAUCGUUUCACCCCUCCACCUGCUGCGCUACAGGGAGCACCCAUCCGCCAUGGGUCUGAGCCGCGUCGAGCUAGGCGGUUGCUUCUCUGGCAACGCGCUGCACACGGCAACAUGGACCGGCCUGGUGCAGCCAUCUAUCAUGUACAGUAGUAAAGUAGACAUACAUGAAGCAGCAGCCGUCAGACGCACACGGUGCCGUGGUAGAGCAGCCUGCCAGUGA